UUAUACAUGCGGGAUUGUUGGAUUCUUGGUUUGUUCAAUUUGGGUCUUGAAGCAUAGUAGAUUGAUGGGAAGCUCUGACAUUGACAACUGGAUUCGUGAGGCAAAGGACUCGACUAUUAGCUUUUGGAAUGACCAUGUAGAGCGACUGCUUCUAUCUAUAAGAGAUGAACUUUUUGAGACACUCGGGAAGAGGCACAAAGUUGUAAUGGACCAUGAAGAAGUACAUUUAAAUGCCAAAUCCCUACACAGUUUCCUUUGUCAUGUAGAUAAGAAAUGCAACAAGAUUAGUUGCUCCACCUAUUGCCGCGGGUUUAGGUGCCUUAACAUAUACGUUGGGCACUCUCAUCUCUGUGAUAGGAGCAAGUGGAUUUGCUACAGCUGCAGCUACAGCUGCUAUAGGAACUGUUGUCAAUAGUUUUAGAUAAUCUCUUAAUAGUUGUCGAUAUGUUUAGAAAGUUAAAUAUACACAGUUUUGGAUUGUUUAAACUUUUUGUACAGUUUAGAACUUAAGGAUAUAGUUUUUGAAUGUUUGGAAUGUACAGACAAUUAUUGAAUGUUUAUAAUUUAUGGAUAUAGUUCCUUUUUGAUGUUUCAAA